UGCCAGGAAUGGGCCGGGCCUCCAGCGGUGAUGAGGCAACACGGGGUCCAUGUGUGUAUAAAUACGGACACGUUUUGCAUGCUCAACUAUCAGUCGCCUAAAGAGCUGACAAGGAUCGGAUCAUCUGAAGGAAUCCAGUCGCCCAGACAAUCGCUAACCAUCACCGAAGCUGCAGAGGAAAUUAAGGACAUCGAGGUGCUCAUCGGUGGCCKGAUACCCAUGAGAAAGAAGACUAAUCAGCUCUAAUCUUCAAAGGCUUCAUUAACCAAACCCAGCUAAAAUGAAGGCAUUCAGCAUUGCAGUUGCAGUGACACUCGUGCUCGCCUUUAUUUGCAUUCUGGAGAGCUCCGCCGUCCCAUUCACGGGGGUCCGAGAGCUGGAGGAGGCAGGGAGCAAUGACACUCCAGUUGCUGCACAUCAAGAGAUGUCAAUGGAAUCGUGGAUGAUGCCAAAUCACAUCAGGCAGAAGCGCCAGAGCCACCUGUCCUUAUGCCGCUACUGCUGCAAAUGCUGCAAGAACAAGGGCUGCGGGUUCUGCUGCAAGUUCUGAGGAUUCCUGCAACAAGCGCACAUGAUUAAUUUAUUACUUUUUGUCUGGUCUCGCUUCAAGAAACGACCUUUUCUUCACCUCUUCCUUCAUUUAUACCAACGGUUUCAGGAGUACUGAUUCAACAUUCAAGGAGCUCUCUUUUACUCUUUUUUUUUUGUAUUUAUUUUGUAUAUUUCAACUUUUGAACCCUUUUUUUAAUAUACUGAGUGGGAU